GAAUUCCGUAAACAUCUCAAACGUCACUUCCGGUUACAUUUUGACAGCAAAACACUGCACAUUUUAGCUAAACGAAACUCUGAUCCUCGUUAUAUGUUAAUUUGAAGACGUUUUGUGUUUUAUGCUCCACAUUUAUUAGUCAAUUUUACUUGUGUGGCGGAAUUGACAGUGUUCAGAAAGAGAUCAGUAUUCUGCUUCUAGCAAAAGAUGAAAGUUCCUAGUGGUGAAAAUGAGGUGGUGGAGGAAGCCAGUAGCAGUUCAACAUCAGUAGACAACUCCAACAACGAGGAGAUUCCUCCUUAUCUACGUGAAGAACCUCCUGAAGACAGAGAGAAGGACCACCCUCAGACCGAGGCGGGGGUAAUCUGGAGGGUGACCGGCGGUCUCUUCAACAUGACCAGAGGGGCGGUCGGAGCGACAUGGGGAGGCGUGGCCUGGGUGGGCUGUAAGAGCUAUGACAUCACCAAGACGGUGGUGACCAGCGUGCCGGCCGCCGGAGUGGGAUUGGUCAAGGGCAGCGUUUCCAUGGUGACGGGAGGAGUGGGGGCGGUAGGGUCUGCUGUAGCCAGUAAAGUUACACCAAAGAAAAAGGACAAGUCUGAUUAGACCUAGACCCAACUACCACCCCAUUGCUACAGUAUAGUUUAUAAAUGUCUCCCUGUCUCUCUGCUGUGUUUAGGUUCCAUCUGGUUACUAUAGGGAACCAUUCAGAGUUGAAAAAGGCACAAGUAACUCGGAUUUCCGUGUAAAUCAUUCAUUGACGUCAAUGGGCGAUUUGCACGGAAAUCUGAGUUAAGUUUGCGGAUCUCAAGUCAGAAUACUGCCCUAAGGAAGCAUUACAGAGAGGGAUUAUGGGAACGUUGAUUUGUUAGGAUAUAGGAAUUGACCAGAAUGUUGAACUUACUGCCGAGUUACUCUUGAGAUGGAUCUCAUGUCUUUUUGAUUGAUCUGGGUCUGGGUGGGGAAGGGCAUGAUAAUAUGAAGACAAUCCACAACAAUUUGGUAGCGAUUCAGCAAGGACACAUCUACUCAUUUCUCAAAGGCUUGAGGUUAUUUAAAUUCUUCCAGUUUUACUAUGAAAAGGUAUCUUUACAUUGACAAGUAUUAAAACAAAAUUAAAGGUACUUUACACAACUUAAUUUCAUCAGUUUGACAUCAGUGAUUGGGGAAAACACACCAAACAAUGUGUGUAUGUGAAUAUGCUACAAUAGUCAUUUACAACAUUAACAAUGUCUACACUGUAUUUCUGAACAAUUUGAUGUUAUUUUAAUGGACAAAAAAAUUGCUUUUCUUUCAAAAACAAGGACAUUUCUAAGUGACCCCAAACUUUUGAACGGUAGUGUAUGUGUUAUAAAAUAUAUAUGUGAAAAAUAGGCAUAUGAUUCCUAUUGAUGCAUACAAAGAAGGUUAGAGGAACCUAGCGGUCUUGCAGUAAAUAUUUUCAUUGUACUGCAGGUGUUUUUUUCAAUGCUUGAUGAGUUGGAGAUGUGGUCAACAAAGUGUGUAAUUGCAUAGGAACGGACAGAACAAGUCAUGGAAAUGACAUUUCUACGUACAUGUUACAUAUACCAGCAGAUGUCCUGAGCUGUUUAAAUAAAUAAAGCACCAUUUCACCAACAAAGAAACACACAUUUAAAAAAUAUAUAUAUAUAUUUAUAUAGAUAUAUAUAUAUAUAUUUAACCUGGCAAUUCAGUUAAGAACAAAUUCUUAUUUACAAUGACGGCCUGCCCCCGGCCAAACCCGGACGACGCUGGGCCAAUUGUGCGCAGCCCUAUGGUACUCCCAUUCACGGCCGGAUGUGAUACUGGCUGGAAUCGAACCAGGGUCUGUAGUGAUGCCUCUAGCCACUCGGGAAGCCUUAAAGUUAAGAGAUGGCUGAGUUAUUGAUAAAUCAGGAAAUCCGUGUCCAUUUAAAUAUUUUGUAAAUCCGCUUCACAAUGGCCUAUCAAAGACAUUACCAGGAUGAACCUUGUUAAGUUUCAAGCAUCAUACUUCAUGCCUACGUCUCAAAUGGCACCCUAUUCCCUUUAUAGUGCACUACUUUUGACCAGCACCCAUAAGGCUGUAAUCCAAAGUAGUGCACUGUACAGUAUAGGGAGUGAGGUGCUAUUUGGGACAUAACCCAUUUCAUUCACGUGUAUGUACUUUACUCAAAUGUAUGUUUAUGUCCCUACAUUUGCAUUCGAUCAGGGACCGCGGCCCCCCUUUUGUAGGCCCGGGGAUUCCUUUCCAAAAACGGAAAAAGUAAUAAAUAGUAACACAUUUCAAAAAUUUGAACUCAGUCGGGGUCUCAACUUACUGUUGAGAGUUAGAAUAGUAGAAUACACAAGGUGCCGUUUUGAAAUGUGGUUGUGCAUCAGCAGUUACUGUCUUAUGUCAGUCACUGACAGUCACUGAAUUAACCCAUGUCAAUUUACAUUUUUUAGAUUGGUAAAUUAGUCUAUCCAGCUAUCGAAACUUGUAGUAAUCAUGGUGAAAUUACAGACUGAGGGUGCCCAUGGAUAUUAACAAUAUGUGUAGAAUUGCAGGAAAUUAAAAACUGCAAAUCUUUCUCUCCGCACCACAGCAAAAUGAGUAGAAUUGCAUGGAAUUAGUUAUAAAAUUGCAAAAUGUUCUCUACUCCACAUGGCAAGAAGUGUAGAAUUGCAUCAAACUUGCUUUAAAAGUGCAACAUUUUCUCUAUGCCUCAUGGCAAAAUGUGUAUAAUUGCAGGAAUUUAACACUAAAAAAAGAUCUAUAUAGAUUAUCUCCACUGUCAAGAGGGGGGCCACGAACAACAAAAUGUAGCUCUGACUACAUGUGUGGGUAUGGAUGUGGGUACGCAGCCACUGCAGCCUCUCAUGAUGAUUUCAGAUUUGUUGUGGCCCCCACCCCCAUCAAAGGUGCCCGUCCCUGCAUUACAUUUAUAAAUACUGAUAGAUAGUUGACACCGACAUUCCCAGAGUAGGAGGGACAGUUGAAAACAAACAUGCUUUUUCUUUAUAUGCAUUCCAAUCACUUCUAGCCUUGGUCCCAGUCUGUUUGAGUUCACAAGAUGAUAUAAACGGAUCGGGGACUAGCUAAUUCCCUUCCACAUUGUUACGUGUAAUCCUGAAUUACUGUAGAUUCUGAUCAGACAAUAAAAGUAGAUGACCAAUUUCUUCCCACUGGACAAAUACUGGUUGAAUCAACGUUGUUUCCACAUCAUUUCAACCCAAUAAUUCAAUGUGAUGACGUUAUCAGCACAGAAAACUGAUUGGAUUUGAAAAAAGUCAACACGUAAGGCAAUUUCGUAUUUUUUUCUCCCACCCAACUUUUAACCUAAAUCAAAUGACAUGGUGAAAUGUUUUGUUAAUUUCACGUUGAAUUCACAUUAUUUGACAACUUGACCACAUGUAAAUCGAAACUAGAUGUCUGUUCCCAGUGUGCUGUUUGUUCUUCUUUUCGGUUUGGUUUCUUACAUUUUUAUUUCAACAUUCACUUUGAGGACAUUUUUAUUUGAAAAGAAAUAAAGAGAAAACACUAGGCAUGGUAUUUCCACACCCUCACAUUAUGCAUCGCAUGUUUCAAUAGGUCGUUUUUCCUUCUUCCGGAACACAAUAUGCUGUUUAUUAUUAUGACAAGUCUCGCCUAUUUCAUUUUCACGCUGUUUCAUCUUGUCCUGUCUUUACUGUUUUCAUCGGGACACUUCUGCUAGUUAAUAUAUGUCUUGGAGACUCUGUUACUAUAAACUGGGAUGUGGCCCUGGUCAAAUAUAGUGCACUAUACACUAAAUGUACAAAACAUUAAGAACACCUGCCUAAUUUUGAGUUGCGCCCCCUUUUGCCCUCAGAACAGCCUCAAUUCGUCGGGGCAUGGACACUCCAAAGUAUCAAAAGCGUUCCACAGGGAUGCUGGCCCAUGUUGACUCCAAUUCUUCCCUCAGUUUUUUAUCCUCUCAAACUGGUGUGCCUCGCACCUACACCCAUACCGCGCUCAAAGGCACUUCAAUCUUUUGUCUUGUCCAUUCACCCUCUGAAUGGCACAGAUAAAUAAUUCAUGUCUCAGUUGUCUCAAGGCUUAAAACUCCUUCUUUAACCUGUCUCCUCCCUUUCAUCUACACUAACUGAAGUGGAUUUAACAAGUGACAUCAAUAAGGGAUCAUAGCUUUCACCUGGAUUCACCUGGUCAGUCUAUGUUACGGAAAGAGCUGGUGGUCCUAAUGUUUUGUACACUCAGUGUAUAGUGAAUAGUGUGUCAUUGGGGUUGCAGUUUUUUUGUCUAUGAUAGAACUAUUUUUGCAAAAACUGAUGCUGUAUUCUUUAAAUAAAGCUACUCUGUAUUUUAA